AUGGCUCGCGAAAAGAAGGCUAGAUCCGCUAUCAAGGACGUCAUCGCCCGGGAGUACACCAUCAACCUCCACAAGCGAAUCUUCAAAGUCGGAAACAAGCACCGAGCACCCAAGGCCAUCGACGCCAUUCGAAAGUUCGCCCGAAACGCCAUGGGCACGAAGGACGUCCGAAUCGACGCUCGAUUGAACAAGGCCGUCUGGGAGCACGGUGUCAAGAACGUCCAGUACCGAAUCCGAGUCCGACUUCACCGAAAGCGAAACGAGGACGAAGACUCCGCCAACAAGCUGUACACUCUUGUUUCCUACGUCCCUGUUGACACCUACAAGGGUCUCCAGACCAUGAACGUUGAUGCCACCGAAUAA